CAGUGGCCUGCCACCUUCGCGGAUAAUAUGACCUAGGUCGCGAUCGGUUGCCAUCUGCUCCUGCGAAUAACCUUUAGCGUUAUAGCUUUUUUCCCCUGAAUAUUGGCACUUAUCUUCUGAACCACCGUCGUCGGCCGCCAUCGGCUGUGCAGAGCUGGCAAAGCGAUGGAGCUGGAGCCGGGCAGACACACCGAAGCGCGACACGUCGGGUAUGCUCACCUACCUGAUGCCGUUCUACCUGUGCCCCGUGCUCUACCCUGGCACCAAGGAAAGCAAGUGCUUCUACUGCGUCCUGCUGAUGAUGUCCUGGUGGCAAGUUCGCCCCAUUCCCAGGCCAGUCCUGGCCUUCCUGCCGGCUAUCGCGUUGCCACUGCUCGGCAUCAUGGGACACGACCAAGUCGCCACCAAUUAUUUCUCGGUGGACGUUCUGACGACCAUGCUCCUGCUUUGGCUCGUGCUGGUGAGCGACGAAACGUCGACCGUCGGUCGGCUCACCUACGCACUCGUGGGCCGCUUCGGAAGCCGCGCCGGGCCGGUGCUCGUGCUACUGACGGCCUCGACGUUCGUGGCCUCGCUGGUGCUGCCGCAAAGCCUCGUGACCGUGUUCGUCACGUGUCUCGUGGAGCGCCUCUGCAACUUCGUGCGCAAGGAAGGCCUGCAGGACGCGCAGCGCUGCCUCGACCGCGCCGUCGCCGAAGACACCACGGGCCGACCGUGCGAUGUGGACACACUGAUGCUGUACGAGGAGCUGGCCGUGGCCCUGUGGAAACGUCACCGCAUGGGCCUCGCCGACCAGGACUCGGUCGAGUGUUGGGACGCCGACAAGCGCGGCACGGAUAGCCCGGAUUCCAGGAGACUCGGGGCGCUGAAGCGCAAGAUGUCCAUCCUCAAGCCCUCCAAGUCUGCAGCCGCACAGGACGUCGCUGGAGCGGGCACGCCCAGCGCGACCCGGUUCGCCGCCGACCUCCCGCCGGGCAAGGCGUCGACACCCCCGAACGAGUCGAAGCCGUCGGAAGGCAAGCUGAUCCGUGCCAAGCGUCGUCGUCAAUCGUUCGCCGACAAGCCUCACGUGUUCGAGUACAACGAGUACCGUCGCGUGACCCACGACAUGCCGGCCUCGCAGCAGGAGGAGCCCAACACCAGCCGCACAUCUAACCCCAGCCCUUGGUUCACGCCGUCGCAACAAUCGUCCGUCUCCUUGCGUGCCUCGUUUGGGAAGCCGGCAUCUUUCACCGCGGCCCGAACUGCCGGAGAAGACGCACACGUUACGGAAGCCACGUCCUCGAACCAUGGGUCCUCGGUGUCGCCGACCAGGGCUCCGAAGGUCAUCGGCGUCGCGGCGAGUGGCUCCGCUGUCGCCUUCGCCAAAGCCGCCGCGCCAUCCGAAUCGGCGACCCAGUGUCGUCUGCGAACAUUCCAGACGACGUGGAGGAGGAUCCCGAAGAGCUACGCAUCUUCGGUCAAUGGCUUUGCCCCGGUCGCGUCUCCGCACAUGGUGUCGCUGUAUAUUCUAGGCAUUAGUGUCGCCGGCGUCGUCGAACCCAUCACCUCAACACUUUGCAACAGCGCCGUCAUGCUCCGGCGCAACCAGGAGGUCCUGGCAGCCCUGUGCGUAUGCGGCAGCAUGACAAGCGUGGCCGGUAGCAUCGCCAGCUACUGGUUCACGCCGGCCGCCGAAGCCAUCGCCGCCAACAUGGACAGCUCUUCGUUGUCCUUCUGGAGUUGGACUCUGAUCACGCUGCCGGUGUCGCUGGCAGCAUCGGCUUUGUCCUCCGUCUGCGUCUACUACGGCACCCUGCAAGCCCAUGAGAGCAAGCUCAACGAAGAUGCAGAGGAACUGAUCCGCUGCUACGCCAAGCUGAAACUGGGCAGACUGGAGAGAUGCGAGCAAGUGCACCCAAUCUUCGAACGACUAAUUCUGCUGUUCUGGAUCGGCUACUCUGGAAGUACAAUCUGGUGUAGAUUCAUACACAGACAAGACCUCACCACGUGCAUCUUGGGUGGCAUCGUGCUGCUGGCGUCCACGGCACUCAGCUCCCGGCCGGGUGGCCGCGCGCCGGCAAGCAGCACGAGCCCGAGCCGGUUCCGGAGCAACGUGGACGUGGACGGGGACGACACGCCCGACUUUCGGCCCCACGGAUUCGAUCGCGGUCUCGCCUCGUUUGCCAGCCGCCUGCCGUGGGGCGUCAUCGUGAUUUACGGCGCCGCGUCGGUCAUCACGCGAGUCGCCCAGACGACGGGCGUGGCCAAGGUGGCGUUCGACACCAAGUUCUGGAGCGAGCAGUCGGACCUAGUCAAGCAGGUGCUGCUCACCAUCGCGUCGUCGCUCAUGGCCGAGUUCAUGAAUGCGGCCACGCUCUGCGACGCCAUCUUGCCCAUGGUCGUCAGCCUUUCCACGGACACGGAGCAUGACGCCUUGUAUUUCGGCUUGCCAGUGGCAGUGGGCGCCUCGGUGAACACCAUCAUGCCGGUCUCGCUGCCGCUGGUCAUGCUCCACGACAUGGCGCCGGUCACGCGCAAGCAGCUGAUCCUGACAGGAGCCUUCGUGAAGACCGUGGUGGUGGCCAUCAUUCUUCUCUCGAUGAACACCACGGGAGAAUACGUUUUACACAGCAACAAGCAAUUCAACAACACCGAGGGUCUGCAGACAUUCCUGUUGCGCUAAACCCACUGUAGAGAGACCGCGGGGACAGCGACAUUCUUUUCUGGCUUUCUUUUCUCUCUUUUUUUCACAGUAAAGCGCAGGCUGACAUACAGUGAAUAAAACGCCUUAUUCGACGGCUAAAGCAUGUUUGCAGGUAAAACAAUACGUUGUGCGCUUGA